AGACCGAACCCGUUUCACAACGUGGCCUCCUUCUUCCACAGCAAAAUCCCAUUUUCCAAAACCCCUCUCUCUCUCUCUGACACACACUACCAUGGCGGCACUGAAGCUUCUCCUCUCCCAAGCUCGCCGCCAUUCCCUCCCCAAAUGCGCUUUCUCUAUGACCUCUCACAGAUCCCUCUGUGCUUCUUCGGAAUCAAACUCAAACCCUCCCCGAAGACCCUUCGAACCCAUCCCCAUCCAACCCGUUUCCUACCCCGUCAAGCCCAAACCCGCACCACCCGAACCUCAACCUUCACCCGAACCUCAAUCACAAUCCCUCCCCCCUUCCCCGCCGGACUCGCAACGCGCUUGGACGCGCGAGGACAUCCGCUACGUGAAGGACGUGCCGUCGAUCGCGCCGGUGGCGUACGCCUCGCGCGGCGGCGUGGCGCCUCUCCCCGAUGACAGAGCUCCCGUGGAGGACGCGGCAGAGAGCGAGAGGAGGAUGAUCGAGGCAGAGAAUGAAAUGAGGUUGCGAAUGGCCAAGGCCGUCGAAGAGGAAAGAAUGAAGGUGCCGUUUCCGCUGCUGAUUAAGCCCAAGAAGAACGAGAAGCCUCCUCCGCUUGAUUUGAACGAAGCCAUUCGCCAAGUUAAGGCCAAUGCCAAGGCAAAGUUUGAUGAAACUGUUGAAGCACAUAUAAGAUUGGGUGUUGAUUCAAAGCGAACAGAAAUGGCAGUUCGUGGUACUGUGAUUCUGCCUCAUGGUGCUCCAAAGGCUGUCAGUGUGGCUGUUUUUGCAGAAGGGGCUGAGGCAGAGGAAGCGAAAGCUGCAGGAGCUGAUAUAGUUGGUGGUAAAGAGCUUAUUGAGGAGAUUGCUAGCGGUAAAAAUAAGCUCAAAGUUGACAAAUGCUUCUCAACUCCUGGAAUGGCACCUAAUCUUGGAAAGAUAGCACAAUAUCUUAGAAAGCGAAGACUGAUGCCAGAUAAGAAACUAGGUACUCUUACUAGUGAUAUUGCUGGGCAGUUGAAAGAGCUAAGACAAGGCCGUGUAGAGUUUAAAAUGGAAAGUAAAUCAAUUUUGCAUGUGGGACUUGGAAAGGUAAGCUACAAAGAAGAGGCUUUACGGGAGAAUAUUAGUGCAUUUAUGAAUGCUGUAUUGCUUGCAAAGCCUGCUGGCUUAAAAAAGACUUCCAAAUAUGCUGGGUAUGUGUUGUCUGUCCAUAUAAGCAGCACGAUGGGCCCAGGAUUACCUGUAUCUAUACAAUCAAUAUCCAAAGCAGCAGAUAACUACAAGAAAAUGCAUAUGGUUUGAAUCAUGUGGACGUGGCCAAUGUGGGCAUUUUUCUACAUGAAUCCAAGUUUAGAUGAACAUAUGUUGUCGUAGGUUUUUGUUCAUUACCAUUGAUUAUGUAAACUUUGUUUAGUCAUAUAUGUGGCAAUAAGUGAAAAUUUUGACAAUUUUUUGUGAGCUUGUUGAAUUUUCUGGUCACCUAAUGGUGUAUCAUGUUCCUCAUUGCAAAACAGAAAAUUAUGCCUUAGUUUAUUAUUUUUAAGCAAUAGCCGCUAACCCUUUGAUAUCUGGAUUUAAUGGUUGAGAAAUGUCAGCAACACUUUCUUUUA